AACCUCAGGUGGGCGCGAGGUUUGCGCUGGCGUUUAUGCGCCUCCGUGCCAUGUCUCCCCGAGUGGGACACGCGACUGCACCCGAAUGGGUGAAAGAGAAACGGGUCGGUGGUGACUGAGGACUGGCAGGAGGCACUGCCGUUUCGUGCUUGUGUGUGUGUUUCUUUGAUUUCGUAUGGAAAUGAGCGUGCGCAACUCGCUUCAUGACGGCAAAACGGACGGGCUCAGGAGCCGCAACGGCGACACGACGGACAUCACGGUGUCGCUCUCGCACCCAGGCAAGCGGACGACCGAGGGCGGCAGUUUAUACCGCCUCAGGGACAGAAAGUUUCUCCUUGAGGACAAGCAGCGCCUUUGCACUUGCGCGCUCGGAACCGCUCUCCUCGGCAUCCUGCUCAUGAUUCUGCACUCCGAGCUCUGUCCCGCCGUUUUCCUGCCGGGCUCCAUCUAUGCCCUAUGUAUAAACUGCCUCAUCAGCUUCUCCACUGGCUGUCUGCUCAUCCUUAUCAUUGCCUUCCAUUAUAAAGACAUCCGGCUCUUCAUCAUAGACCACAACCAGGUGGACUGGCGCAUUGCCAUGACCACCAACCGUGUGCUUUGUAUCUCACUGGAGUUAUUGGUUUGUGCCAUCCACCCAGUGGGCAUCUACUUGGGCCCCUUGACUUCAGCAACAAACUCAUCCUCGUCCUCCACUCUCUCUGUUACAACACCCCUGUGUCUCUGCAGCAGUCCAAUGGAGGCAUGGCUGGAGUUGGAGCUGCUGCUAUCAGCACUGAUGUUCUUGCGUCUGUACCUGGUACACAGGGCCAUUCUGCUGCACAGCAAAGUGCUGCUGAGUGCCUCUUACAGGAGCAUCGGCUCACUCAACAACAUCAAUUUCACUUUCCGCUUCGUUCUCAAAGUACUCAUGAACAAGUACCCGGCACGCACACUCCUGGUUUUUAUCAUGCUCUUCUGGUUUACCUCGGCCUGGAUGCUACGGCUGUGUGAAAGGCAGGCCCAGGUAGAGACGGGUGGUAUGGGUACAGCUCUCUGGCUCAUCGCUAUCACCUUCCUUACCGUAGGUUAUGGAGACGUGUCUCCAAUAACCACCUGUGGCAAAGUGGUCUGUCUCUUCGCAGGCGUCAUGGGUGUAGCGUGCACUGCUAUGUUAGUCGCAGUUGUGACGAAGAAGCUGGCACUGAACAAAGGAGAGAAACAUGUUCACUUCUUCAUGAUGGAUAUCCAGAUAUCUAAAGAGAUCCGCAAUGCUGCUGCAAACGUGCUGAGGGAAUGCUGGCUUCUCCACCGCACCACCCAGGCCAGGGACAAGCACAGUGAGAACCGACGCCACCAGAGAUGCCUGCUGGAGGCCAUCCGUAUAUUUCGUCACCUGCGGCUGAAGCAGAGAAAACUGAGGGACUACACAAGUGAGAUGGUGGACCUCUCCAAGAUGCAGAUGAUCAUGUGUGACCUGAGUGCCAGCUGGAACAACUCAUACCGAGAGCUGGAGCAGCGCAUCAUCUCUAUGGAGCAGAAGCUGGAUGAGUUGGGUCAGUCAUUCCAAAGCACAUCCGAGCUGCUGAGCCAAGCACUGCAUCACCGCCACCUUGUCCACAGGUGACAUGUGGUUCUCCUCGGAAACUCUACAGCAGAGGCACGGAUCAAAACUGUACAAGGCGACUUUGAUCGGCAUGCAUGGAGGACUAAUGAUUUAUUUUUCCACAGACCUCCAGGGCUGCAGUGACUGCAUGGACUUCUUUUUUUUUUUUGCGGACAGAACAAUUACCGCUCUUGAAUAUGGGAUUAUGGCAAAAAUCAAUUGUAUUUAUGAUAAUAUUUAUGUGUAUCUAUAUCUGUCACACUGAAAAAAAAAACAAAGAAUGGUUUCAGUGUUCGAUGCUUUAAAGAUUUAGUGAAACUGUGUUCGUAUGUAAAUUUCAUAAUGCUUUAAAAGUCAUCUUGAGGCUUCUGAGUUCACUCCAGCAGGUCCAUUUUACAGCCAGAACAGUCCAAUCAGGACAAAAGCCUACGACCAAGAACUCUUUUUAUUUCACUAGUUAUCCUUAAUAGAUUUUGCCCAGCUGUGCUUAUAUUUCAUGAAAGCAUCAUAAAACCUGAGAUGUAUGUUUUAUCUGUUUGAAAUCAUGUAAGAACUUGAAAUAUAUCUGGAAAUUCUGUUUGCUUACCGUUUAAUUCAUAAAAAUUGUAAUGCAACACAUUUCCUUCAAUGCAACUUGUUACACCUAUUAUUGACUCAAUUACUCUAACUUUAUGGGUUGAACUCCAGGUAUGGCAUAAAACCAAAUGCAGAAAAUGAUUGACGUCCAGUUUUCUCCGCUGUCCCGUUUUCUUAUUCUAAACAAAUUUAGUAAGUUGCACUCUAUAUUUCAGUUUGUAUGGAAUGUUGGUGGCUUUUUUCAGACAAUGCAUGUCAUCCAUUCAAUCCAUGUCUGUUUUACAUUUUAUAAAAGGAAAACAAAAAUGUAAUAAAAAACAAGAUUCUAGCCAACAAUCUAUACUACGCUUUUGAUGUUUCACUACCUUUUAGGUGUCUUCUAGAAAUGGCAGUGGGCAGGACAAGUUAAAUUUGUUGACGCCACAUCAUCACUGUAUUUACUAAAUUUAUGAAGUAGUCAUUAUGCAAGGGAGAAAACGUGCUGCCGAAGCAGUUAGAGUAGUUUUGUGACCCAGCCUAAAAUAUGCCUGUUUAAAUGCAGUUAAUAAUAAUUGUGUAAGAGAGAGAGAGUCAGCCAAAAAAUAGUAUUAUGUAUAAUACUAUAAUAUUAUUAUCAUGAUAUUAUAUGUAUCAAUAUAUAAUGUAUAGCAAAAAUGUAGUAUUAAAAAGUUUUUUUUUUCCUGAAGUAUGUAUACAAUUUUUUGGCGGACUGUCUUUUAUCUUCUUUGUCUUUCGGCUGUUCCCUUUCAGGGGUCGCCACAGUGAAUCAUCUGCCUGCAUCUAACACUAUCCUUUGCAUCCUCUUCCUCUCACACCAGCUAACUUCAUGUACUCUCUCACUGCACCCAUAAAUCUACUUCUCUGCACUUCUCCAUCAGAAUCCUCAAAGCAUAUGAUUGCUUAACUGUGGAAAUAAAGAGUUCUUGUAACAA